UAUACAAUAUUGUAAUCACCUCACCCCAUUAUCUUUUAGCUAUUGUACCAGUUAACAGAAACAUUGCGUUUCAGUUUCAGUAACAAAGCACAGUGAAGGUUAUCCCUUGAUCAUGACUCUCAGUUCCAUUACAUUACACAGAGUCAUUGGAUGAAGGCGUCUUUUGUACGGCUUUUUUGUUAAGAUCCCUGCUGCUCGGUCUAAACAUUAACACGCAUCUCUUGCGGUACGGUUUUGGAAGCAUAAGGUCCUAAUCUUUCAUAUCAGAGAGAAAUCUAUUACAAAAAACAAAACGUUAAAUUGAUACACAACUUUCUAGGGUUAGUGUUCCCACAAGGUCACAUCUCCAUGUUACAUCACGUGUUUACAGAAGACAGCUGCAUGAACUAUUAUCACCUAUCUAGCAUGCUCCGAACACAUGUAUUGUUUGUAAUGGACGAAGGCUGCCAGAAUUUAUAGAACCGUAUCGCAAUUGAGAAUCGAAUCACGUUUAGAUUGAGUAUUAAAGUACUUGGACCUUAAUAAGCAGUAACGGUAAUAUUAGGCUCCCUACGAGUAUUGAGCUAAGUGAAGGUUCCUACUCAACAUCACUACAUCUGUAUUAGGACAUUUUUAUAUAUUCUGAAGAGUGAACAGCUAGCUAAUUUAAUACCCGUUUACAGACAAAUAAAUAGAAAAGGUGACACGUUGCCAUGAUUGUCCAAAACUGUAACAAUGAGCACGAGAAUGUCAUAAUAUACCUAGCAUACAUAUCAUGACCACUGUAACGUUUGUUUUUGUCAUAAGCGUAUGUAAUUUGAUCAUUUUGAGUAUCCGUAGUCCUGUGUUUACAUGUGUAGUGAGCCAUAUUCGCUUGCUAGCUAGGAGUAAGCAAACAUUUUGCAGGUUUGCGGCAAAAACCACCAUUUCACUUUAUGCGGAAAAUAAAUGGACAUUUAUUUUUAUUCUCUACAAAGCCAGCUAGCCUUUCUGUGUGCUAGCGACGUCACUAGCUAACUUGAAUUAUACUUAUUUCAACAGGCGGCAGGAGCUAGCUAGCUAAAGGUAGCUAGCUAGCGAGUACUAAAAGACUGAAUCCCAUGUCCAGGUCACACGUCAGGUAAACUUAUUUGGAGUGCAGCCGGUCACUGGGACUGAUUAUGCUGUCGAGCUCGAGACGAGCAGCAUGGAACUUGACAACGACCUCUUGCUGUCACCUGCACAUGAUCCAUCGACUGCUAUAGUUGCUGCUGAGGAGAGUCACUUGCAUUGCAAUGUGAAGGAACUCAUCGCCCCUGAAAAUGAAAUAGUGAAGAGGAUCAAGAAGAGACCCAAAAAGCCACAUGGAAGGAAACAGAAGUCCAAGUCAUCAGAAUGCUCUGACAAUCUUCUGUCAGAAUUUCCAUUCGCAAGUACAGCAAUAUGGAAGGACCUUGGCUUCACCAAGCCAGAGACCAAUUUGAAGAAGAAGCGAAAGAGAGGUGAGAGUGGUCGGGUAGAAAGUGAGGAGGAUACAGAGAAAAAGAAAAAGAAGACAACACAACGCCCAAACUACUUUGUUUCAAUACCCAUCACAAAUCACAAGAUCAGUGAAGGUGUGGGGGCAGUGCAGGCCCUGGUGAUGCAGAGGGACUCCAGACUCACAAGGGCUCUGGUGCCUGUGGGCAGUCUCCACAUCACGCUGCUGGUGACCCACUUGGCCAGUCAAGAGGAAGUCAACUUGGCGGUGUGUGCAGUGGCCCAGAUGAAGGCAGCGCUGCAGGACCUGCUGCGGGGGCGGGAGCUCAUCCUGCCCUUCCACGGCAUCGGACACUUCAGGAAUGAGGUGGCGUUUGUAGCGCUGGCCCAGGGAGAGCACCUCGCCACACUGGACCAGAUCGCAGGGCUUGUGAGGAAAAUGUUUGAGGAGAAAGGCCUCUCAUCUGGCAACAGCAAAGCCUUCAAGCCCCACCUUACCUUCAUGAAGCUGUCCAAAGCUCCUAAGCUACACAGUCAGGGUUUAAAGAAGCUGGACCCGGAGCUGUACUCUGACUACGUUCGAAACCACUUUGGAGACGAGAGGGUGUUCAGACUGGACCUCUGCUCAAUGUUGAAGAAAAAGACCCCAGAUGGAUACUACCACCGCGAGGCCUCUGUCACUUUUGAUCUUUUUCAGAGUGGGCCUCUGGCUGCUCGGACAAGUGUCAAGAGGGGUCCGGAGCCUGACGAUGAGGAGCUUGUGAGCCUGAGUAAGAGGCUGGUGGAAGACGCCGUGCUGCUGGCCGUGCAGCAGUUCAUGGACGAGACUCCGCACAACGGGGCCGCGUCAUCCGACCCGGCGCGGCCCUCAGACAACCUCAACACUAACGCUGUCAACACUACCAUCACCACCACCGACACCACUGCCAGCAGCAAGUGACCACAGCCAAUUCCCCCAGGCAGCACUGGAUCCUAACCAGUCAGGCAGGCAGUCACCCAGACAGCGAACCGGCCCAGUAGCCAAUGGGCAGUACUGUUACUGGAUCAAGCCCAGUUGAGGUGUUUUACUAGACAAGGAAGAAAGGUUUUGGGGACAAAACUCUUGAUUGAGUGUGGAAUCCAUAUGUUGUUUUUUGUGUACCUUAACAUCUGGUUGUCACCCGCUGCUCAAGGUAGCCUCCCUCCACACAAUCCCUCCUGUCAUGUCUAUCUGUCCAUCUGUCUAGUGUGGACCUUUGUUCAUUCUUGUUUUAUCAGUGCCCUGGGAGAAAGAAUUGGCCUUCUGAAGGAAAUUUCUGUUCUGAUUAAUGUGCUGCGUGGGGUGUGGGUCGUCCCAACGCUUAGAGUGGAGCUGACAUGACAUGACACGACACACACUACAGACUGAUCUUGGUAAGGUGAGGCUAUACCUCGGCCCUCCACGAGGUGCAGUCAGUACAAAGACAUUCAGUCUUUCUACAAAGCUAAAACAAAACAUCACUACAAAAUGAACUGCAACUCAAAAACCUGAGACCAGGGAAAAUGAGCUGGACUAUGCAGCUGGACAAUAUUCUGUGAACUAUGUUUACAUGAUCCUGUCUCAUCUGUGCUGUAUGUGGCUAAACCUUGAAGGAUAAAUGAAGAGUGGGUCCCAUGUGCUACCUGUGGUAAAAUAUGCUUUAAAAAAUGUAAUUACAAAAAGGUUGACCUACCAGCGAUGAGGAUCAUGUUGGGUUUGUGUUUGUUUGUUUGUCCCCUGUAGGAGAGGCUGGUGAUGCAGCAGGCCUGGUUAGGAAGGCCCGGUGCACACAGAACCAGUCUCUAUCUCAGAAACUACAGGACAUAAAGGA